AUGCCUUUCCUCGGCUUCCGCUGGGUCGUCAACUUCGUGUUGCUAGCCGUCCCCAUCGGAGUCACCCUCGGCAUUCUUAUGGGACUCGAUGCCGGCCGAAGCGCAAACGGCGAAAAGCCAUUGUUCACUGAGCCCGACAACCCUGGGACGAUACCAAAGAACAAUGGCAUCACGGCCAUGGUCUCCUGCGCCAAGGCAUUUGGUCUUCACCCUCAAUCCAAGGGCCAGGAGUACACACUGAACCCGAACCAGUGGGGUUGGAACGAAGGCGAAGAUGGCUUGCUUUGCAUGAACGUGACCACGUUCAACAACCAGACCUACGCAACCGACUUCAGCGCGCCCGAAUUUUACGUCACAUGGCGCUACCCCCGCGGUCCGGAGACGCAGCCCGUCCACGCUUUCCCUAACAUCAAGGUCGACGGCAGCAUCCUUCCGGUUUCCAUCUCUACCCUGACGAACGUUAACGUCGAUGUCGAAUGGUCCUACUCGGUUGGCAACUACACUACUGACGGCGCGGCGGCCACCAAUACGGACGAGGCCGAGCUCACUGAGAACGAAACCAACACUAACGUCGCGAUCGAUAUGUUCUUGGAUGACGACAAGGACUCUGCGAGUGACAGCACCAAGGCCAAGUACGAAGUGAUGGUGUGGUUUGGCACAUUUGGCUCAGCGACGCAGCCCAUUGGAUACCAGAACGGCGCGGGUGCCAUUACGACGGAGACGAUCAACGGAACGAGCUUUCAACUCUUCUUUGGCCAAAACAGCCUGGACCAAUACGUCUUGACCUGGAAGGCAGUUGCGACGGUCGAGCACUUCGUCGGUGACCUGUCCCCUCUCAUCACGAAGCUCCCAUCCAUGAACCAUGCCAACUUCCCCACGACCGCGACCUACCUUGGGUACAUGGGUCUUGGCUCCGAAGCGCUCUCGGCCACCAACGUCGUGACGUUCCGCGUGCCGACGCUGACCAUGGAAAUCAAGGCAUCCACGUAA